UGUCCAAAAUGAGAAAACAAAUUUUAAUAAGAAAGACUUGGUAAGCCUAGCCUAGACCAUGCCUAGACUAUUUUCUGAUUAAUUUAUUUCUACUGAGGCAGACAUACGAUUUUUUAACUGCAGUGAGAUGAAAUAAUAAUUCUGAAAUGGCUAGUACUUUCAGGAAUUUACCAAAGGUAAAAGGACGCCGGCUAUUUGAAAUAUUGAAUACGUUACCGGACUACGGUAUCGGAAGAGUGUUUACCCGAACAUCGUGGUUGUCCAAGUUCCCAGAUGAGCCUAGCUACAUUCGAAUAACCAGUGUUACAGUGGACACAGAAAAGCCUAAUUUGAAUGGUGGAGAGGUAUGGGCCAAUCGAACAUGGAGAGGUUACAGGAAGGAUGGACUUGAAGUAAAAAUUACUGCAUGGCACAAAUCUGAAUGGAAGCUUAUUAGGAAGAGUGAAGAGGCAGACUUCUGUGCCUACACACCCAAAAAAGAAGACUUUCAUGUGGUUCCAAAUUCAAUACCGUUACCUCCAUUAUUGGAUGCCAUGAUGAGACAAAAGAUGGAAAGAGAGGGGGAUGUGUCGGAGGAAAAGCUUAAAUUAAAGUUGAUAAUUAACCAAACUUAUGUAAAUAGAGCGUAUCAGUUACCAGAAUCAUGAUUAGUAAUUAAGUGUUAAUUUUUACUGGAAUUUGAUUGAAACAUUGAAAUUGAGUGGAGACUGCUUAUGAUGUUCAUCUUUACAUACCAAGUUCCUGGAUUCAAAUCUAUAGAAGUGCUAAUAAUUAUAUCCAAGACUCUUAACUAAUUAUGCCUCAGAGUGAAAUGAGAGUUGCAUUUAUAGAGUCCCAUCUCGGAGUCAUUCUCAGUGUAGCUUUCCGGAGUCGCAUUCUGGAUUCACAUCCCGAGUAUCUUCAUGUUAUUGGUAGACUGUGUAAUUGCUUUUAGAUGUGAAAUAAAUUUAUAAUUAUCAAA